CGUUUAUUGCAAUAUUCAAAGAAGUUUGGAAUUUAAAAUGAAAUAUAUUAUUUAUUCCUUUCACAUAUGCGGAAUUCUUGACGUUCAAGUGUCAUUGAACUGUCAGUUACUAUUUUAUUAUGUUGACAAUAGCACGUGCAUGCGUGAAUUUUAUUUUGAAUGGGGUGAAUUUUUAAAGGGAAUCGAAAUUUAAAAGUAUUUAUACAAAACAGGGAAGGAGGUGAAUCGUCCUCUACAUCCUAAACUUAUCCUUUUCACUUUCACUUUACUCAUCUCAUCGACUAAAGGUUCUCUGAAUCUCCUGCCCACUCUUCAGUUUUGAACUGCUCUUAUAUCGUGAACUUGAUUUUUCCUCGACACUCAUUAUCAUGCACCGAUUUUUCAUUUUCUGCCUCAUGUGCCCUGUGAUUUUAACUCAUGGAUUUGCGCGGGAAACUUUUAACACAAUGCCACCGCCGGUAGUGACAAAUUUCACGUGUCGUGGUCGAGAAAUGGGCUUCUACGCAGACUUGGAAAUGAAUUGUCGAGUUUAUCAUAAUUGUGACGAUCAUGGAAAUAAAUUCACCUACUAUUGUCCAAUAGACACGGCAUUUCGUCAGGAGGCAAUGGUUUGCGAUCACGCUCAUUUAGUUAAAUGUCAAAGUGUCGAAGAUAAUCCGCCCGACAAGAGUGACGAACAUUCUCGACAAUCGAAUGCGGACAGAAAAUUUGCCGGUUUCUCUCGUUCUUUUCGCAUUGGACAAGAUAAUAAUAAUACGCCUGUGAAUUCAGUGAAAAACAAAAAUCCCACAUUUGUCCUAAGUUCUAGUGUCUUUCUACGAAAUCGAAGUGAUACAUUGAAAAAAUUAUCGACUACCUAUCAGAAUAAUGAUUUUAGUUUCACGACAAAAUCGCCAAAUUUCAUCAAAAAGGAUUUCACUACGAUGACGACAACGUCGACGACGACGACAAUUCGUCCGUUUAAUCGUAAUUCGAAUUUUGAUUUUCUUCAAGCACCGCCGAAAAGUACUGUGAAACCAAUGGAAAAUCGGAAUUUUUUCAUCAAUCGUCAGGAUGUGUUUCCCAAGUCAAAAAGUCGACCUCUAAUGUUCCUCGAACCGCCUCCGUUUGACGGGGGAAAACCCGUGGAAUUAACGACAAAAAAGCCGACGAUUAAUUUUGCGAAUAAUAAUUAUCCCUAUAUGGAGACAUUACGAUCAAUUCAACGUGAAUCGAGAAAGGAGAAUUCAUUUUCAGCGACAACGACUAGACGAUCAAUUACCACGAAAUCGAUACCGAAAACUGUGACGGAAAUUCCGUUUACUAUAUUCACGGCAUCGUUGAAACCAUUGGUACCCAAUGAAGUGGAGUAUGAUCCUUACUAUCCGAAAUUUCCUACGUCCACGGAAAUUCAUUAUACACUGAAAGAGCCGAGUCGUAAUUUCAAACCAUUAAAAUUGGCAACGAGGAAACCGCCAACGGAUUUACAUUUGAGAAUACCUUCUGUGCUGCCCGAUUUGAAUAGUUUGGAAGACUUGGUGGAUCGAAGGAAGAUUUUCUAUAUUCCAAAAUCGAGAUCGAAUUGAAAGUUUUUAUUCUGUUUAUAUAUUUGUUAAAUAUUUAGUAAAAUAUAGUCUCACUGAAAACGGAA